CCUAGAGAUACUAACCUCGCUUCGUCUCUCUUCUCAUUACAACUCUCCUUUUUUCGGGAGUUUCUAAGCAGAACCCUAAUUUUCUUGAAAUUGCUCUCGCCGGUCUUAGUAGAAUCACCCGCAGGGAUUCUAAGGAGGAGGCAAAAUGAGAUUGGUCAAGUGUUGGUUUUGCUCUUCCACUGUAUAUCCUGGACAUGGUAUUCAGUUUGUCCGUAACGAUGCAAAGAUUUUCAGGUUCUGUAGGUCAAAAUGCCACAAGAACUUUAAGAUGAAGAGGAACCCUCGUAAAGUGAAGUGGACUAAAGCAUACAGAGCGGCUCACGGAAAGGACAUGACUCAGGAUAAAACUUUCGAGUUUGAGAAGAAGAGAAACAGGCCCGAGAGAUAUGACAGGAACGUUACUGAGAACACACUCAAUGCCAUGAAGAAGAUUGAUAAGAUCAGAAACCAGAGAGAAGCAAAAUAUAUCAUUGACAGGUUGAUGCCAAACAAAAAGAAGGUUUUCAAGGAUGCAGCCAAUGAGCUUGAUACGCACAUUCAUUUGGUCCGGGCACCAGAAUCUUUGCAACAAGAUGCAGAGAAGAUCAAAGUUGAUGUUUCCAAAAACAAGUCUGUUCAAAACGAAGCCAUGGAAGAGUAAUUCUGUCGAAACAUUAGAAUCCAUUUAAAAGAUAUCCACUUACUCUGAAGCUGGUGUCAUCUUAAAACGAAAAAAAGUUUUGGUUUUUGUACUGAUAAAAGGACUUCCUUUAGAUUGUUUUCAUUUCGCAGUGUAUUAUUACUACUUGAUUGACGAGAAACAGAGUUAAGAGUCAUAUUAUGUCUCGUCUUUAUUUUUUUGUGGUUUUGUGGAUUGUUUUUCAUUAUAAAACAGGGAUCUUGCAAAAAUAAACCACACAGUCAAUUGUUAAAAUAACUUUUCAUUUAUCAUUUUUAAA